AUGGCCCAAAAUACGUCUGCAGAGCCAAAGGCUGCUGAGGAGCAGAAGUUCGCUCCCACUUUGGGUGCUGGAGCUGCACUAGGUGCGAAAGAUGGAGGAGUUCAUUCGAGAGCCUCGCGGAGAACAACGUAUCUCGCACUCUUCGUGGUUGUUGUGGUAGUUGUCCUGGGACUGGCGCUAGGGCUGGGUCUUGGUUUGGGACUAAAACACUCCAACAAAGGACAACCGAACAGCACCGCCGGGUCUCCUUCGCCGUCAAACAGUUCGUCGCCCAGCGAGGAUUCGCAAGCAUCGAUGGUAGUUCCUCCGUGGAGAUCAAAUGUGGAAGACUACACCCUCGACAUAGCAAGCUGGGACUUCAAUGCACUGCCGACCACACGAGAAUAUAACUUCACCGUCAGCGAAAUUGAGCUGUCACCGGAUGGUGUCUUUCGCCCGGUCGUCGCCAUCAAUGGUCGUUUCCCGGGUCCGCUGAUCCGUGCUAAUAUGGGUGACCGCCUCCUAAUUCAUGUCCAAAACAACCUACCGAACGGGACUGCCUUUCACUGGCACGGUCUUUAUCAGAAUGGCACAAAUUGGAUGGAUGGGACUUCCGGGAUAACUCAAUGCCCAAUUCCUCCGGGUGCAAGUUUCACUUACAACUUCACCGUGGAAAACCAAUUCGGAACUUAUUGGUAUCACACCCACUAUUCGACCACAAACGGAGAUGGCCCAGUCGGACCGCUGAUUAUUCAUUCGCCGGAUGAACUUAAAAUGCAGAAGUACUAUGAUGUGGACCAAGUUGUGCUCAUACAAGAUUGGUACCACGACUAUAGUCAGGCCCUUCUCCCCGACUAUCUCGCCAGUGGAAGUGAAAACAGCGAACCUGUACCCGACAAUGGCGUGAUCCAGGGAACCAACUAUUUCAACUGUUCAGCGGUCGAUUCUGACAGUGGCUAUGUCUGCGAGCAAAAUUCGACCCGUGCAGUGUUUACAGUCCAGCACGGCAAGCGUUAUCGGUAUCGCUUGAUCAACACGGGCGCAUUCGCCACAUUUGAAUUCUCCAUCGACAAUCACCCUCUUUUCGUCAUCGAAGCGGAUGGGACUGCGACGGAACCCCUCCCUGUCCACCGACUUGAUAUUGCUGUGGCGCAGAGAUAUUCGAUCGUCGUCAACGCCAAUCAAUCGGCAGGAUCAAACUACUGGAUGCGAGCACAGAUGAAUACAUUUUGCUUUGGAGGUCCCAACCCAGUCCUUGACCCUAAUGUGAGGGCUCUGAUAACGUAUGCCAAUAACACAGAUGAACCAACGAACUCGACGGACUGGAAGGAUGCAAUGGAUGUUCAAUGUGUUGGCCUGAACUCGUCGUUGUUGACACCAUUCUUCGAAUCAGAAGCACCACCAGCCACGACAAUGUAUGCUAUAGCGGCUAACUUCCAGAUUGGAGACUAUGCUCUAGAUCGCGCCUAUAUCAAUGGAACCUCCUGGGUCAUGGCCGAUGUGCCCACAUUGAAUCAAGCUGUAGCAGGACUCCAGGCGGCCAACACCUCGUUUACCUCUUCUGGAGUAAGCUCGGCCUUCAGUGCCAACCAGUAUAUCAUUGACAUCCCCGACUACGCCGUCGUGGAUCUUUUGAUCACCAACUACGAUGAAGGAGCACACCCGUUCCAUUUGCACGGUCACACUUUCUGGGUUCUUGCCUCGUCUCCCGAUCAGUACUUCGACUGGUCGACCUACGGCGGAUUGAACAAGACACUUUCCAAUGUCAUGCGACGGGACACACUCAUGAUUGAUGCGUACGGUUGGGCACUCCUUCGUUUUAAGGCAGACAACCCGGGAUUGUGGGCUCUGCAUUGCCAUAUCAGUUGGCACAUGGAGGCAGGCCUCCUCAUGCAGUUCCAGGCACGGAACGAUAUUAUGAGGACGUGGACUAUUCCUUCGGAUGUACUGGAGCUGUGCUUGGCAUGA